UUUCCAUCCCCUUUAUAUAGUGCCACCUUCCCUCACUGGCACCUUCACCACUUGUUUGAUUGUUUCUAUAUCUCUUGUCUCUCUCUGUCUCAAAAUGAAGCUCUCUAUGCGUUUGAUCUCAGCUGUUCUCCUCAUGUUCAUGCUAUUCGUCGCUACAGGGAUGGGUCCGGUCACGGUGGAGGCACGAACAUGUGAGUCAAAGAGCCAUAGGUUCAGGGGUCCAUGUGUGAGCAGACACAACUGCGGAAACGUGUGCCACAACGAAGGCUUCUCCGGAGGUAAAUGCCGUGGAUUCCGUCGUCGUUGCUUCUGCACCAGACAUUGCUGAUCCAUCGAUUCUCAUAAAUCCAUCUUCGAUCCACCGUCAGCUUCUUCUUUCUUAUCUAAUCUUUCGUACUGUACCAUGUCGUACAGUACAUGUGAGCGUGUGGUGUGUUCUAAAAUAAGUAUCUGGUUUGUGUUUCCGAUCUUAAUGUAAUGUUAAAUCGACUAAUGGCUUUUUAUUUAUUAAGGAUUUGAAUCUA